GGGCUGCGCGGCGGGAGGAGCGCGCGGCGGGGGCGGGGUGCGGGCGGAAGCCAGCGUCUGCGGAAAGGAGAAAGGAAAGGGAGACGCGGCUGGGUGCGGCGGGGCGCGGCUGGGAGACCGGCGGGAGGGCGCCGCCUCCUCCCCCGCCCUCUCCGCUGAGGAUGGAAGUGACGAAAGCAGCCGAGGAGGUCACUUCCUGCUGGGGUGGAUGAGGAGGAGCCGGAGACGCCGCGGAGGAGACCGGACCGAAGACCGACCGUGCCGGGGAGAGCAGGAGGGUGAAAAUGAAAGCAGGCUGUAGCAUCGUGGAAAAGCCAGAAGGAGGUGGAGGGUAUCAGUUUCCUGAUUGGGCCUAUAAAACAGAGUCGUCCCCGGGCUCCCGGCAGAUCCAGCUGUGGCACUUCAUUCUGGAGCUGCUGCAGAAGGAGGAGUUCCGCCAUGUCAUCGCCUGGCAGCAGGGAGAAUACGGGGAAUUCGUCAUCAAGGACCCAGACGAGGUGGCCCGCCUCUGGGGCCGCAGGAAGUGCAAACCACAGAUGAAUUACGACAAACUGAGCCGGGCCCUGAGAUACUAUUACAACAAGAGGAUCCUUCAUAAAACAAAAGGGAAAAGGUUUACUUAUAAAUUUAACUUCAACAAGCUGGUGAUGCCCAACUACCCAUUCAUCAACAUUCGGUCAAGUGGUGUGGUUCCCCAGAGCGCGCCACCAGUGCCAACAGGCUCUUCCCGCUUCCAUUUCCCACCUCUGGACACCCAUUCUCCAACUAGCGAUGUGCAGCCAGGGCGGUUCUCUGCUAGCUCCCUAACUGCUUCUGGCCAGGAGUCAAGUAAUGGCACUGAUAGAAAGGUGGAGCUUUCAGAGCUGGAGGAUGGCCCAGCCACUGACUGGCGCCGGGGUGUGGAUCUCAUGUCCUCCCGAAGUGCCGUGGGUGGAGGGAUUGGCCAUCAGAAGCGCAAGCCUGACAUCAUGCUUCCUUUGUUCUCCAGGCCAGGGAUGUACCCUGACCCGCAUAGUCCCUUCGCCGUCUCUCCGAUCCCAGGCCGUGGAGGCGUCCUUAACGUCCCCAUUUCACCAGCCCUCUCCCUGACUCCCACCAUCUUCUCCUAUAGCCCCUCACCAGGCCUGAGCCCCUUCACCAGCAGCAGUUGCUUCUCCUUCAACCCUGAAGAAAUGAAACACUACCUUCAUUCUCAAGCCUGUUCUGUGUUCAACUACCACCUGAGCCCACGGACAUUUCCUCGUUACCCAGGCCUCAUGGUCCCACCACUGCAGUGCCAGGUGCACCCUGAGGAGUCGUCACAGUUUUCUAUCAAGCUGCAGCCCCCACCCGUCGGGCGCAAGAACCGGGAGAGGGUGGAGAGCAGCGAGGAGGCAGCCCCUGUCCCUGUGCCCACACUGACUCCUGUCCCGCCGAGAAUUAAAGUGGAACCAGCCUUGGAAAAGGAUCCCGAGAGCCUCAGGCAGUCAGCACGGGAGAAGGAGGAGCGCUCUCAAGAAGAGGGCACGGUGCCGAGCAGGACCACGGAAGAGGGGAAAAGCACCAUCUUCGCCCGCCCGGCUGCACCGCCUGUGUGGCCUGCUGUGCCCAUUAGCACCCCAAGUGAAGAGCCCCUGGAGGUGUCUGAAGACAGUGAGGACAGGCCUGGCAAAGAGCCUGGGGCACCUGAGAAGAAAGAAGAUGCCCUGAUGCCCCCCAAGCUUCGGUUGAAGCGGCGCUGGAAUGAUGACCCCGAAGCCCUGAGUAAGAAUGGCAAGUUUCUCUGGAAUGGGUCCGGACCCCGGGGCUUGGCAACAGCCGCUGCUGAUGCUUAGAACUGGAAGAGGAUUGGGAGCUGUUUAUACUAUAAUCAAACACAUAUAUGUAUUUAUGUAGCAAGAUUUCAGGGUGGGGGGUGGGGAGGGAAUUAGACUGGUUUGAUCAUUCUAGGGGUGUAGACUUGUAUUUUUGUUUUGGGGAUAGGAUGGGGUGUCUUCUGUUGUAAAUUAGGUGGGAUGUGAACACACUUUUUCCUGGUGAGUAGGACACGGGAAGGGUAUUGAACUGAAAAGAGAAAGAGCCUCUGUUUCCUAUUGAGGCUUUCACUUUGACAGACUCCCAGAGGGCCAAGAAACUGUUUGGUCCCAUAAUAGUUCAGGUUCCAGACUUAUUUCUUUUCUAUUGUAUUUAUAUAUGGAAAGCCAUUAAUGAAUUUAUUUUGCUCUGAGAGAGAGACAUAAAAGGGAAAGGGGUAUGGUUGGGAGGUUGAGCAGUGAGAGACCAUUAAUACUAAGUAUUUUGCCUGAAAUGUUUCUUUAUAAUUAUUUCAGGGGAGGAAUAAGAUAAUCUAUCUUACUGGGGCAGGGGGAUGUUCACGUGUUGCUCUUUUUCUUUUUCCCUUUGUUGUUGUUUGGCUUUUUUUUUAAUAUAGAAUGUUUUCAGGAAACAUGAAAUGUACUGCCAGUUAGAGCGGGGCUGGGAAGGCACAGGCACCAAGCCUCAGCUACGUGGUUGAGACAGGAAGCCCUGCUGUGAAUUUCUUGGACAUUUCACCUACUUCAUCUAUUAAGAAGCCAUGAGGAGUUGUAAACUCUUGUUCAGGGAAGAAAGAAGAGGACAGAAGGAAGUAACCUGAUGCCUUUAAAAACAAAACACAAAAAUUAUCUUUUUUUUUUUCCACCGUGGGUUUGGGGAGCCAAACCAAUGUGUGACUGAGCGAGUUGACUGAGAGACACGAGAUGAAGAUGUCUCUGUUGUGUCUGCUGCUCUUAACCGUUUUCUUAAGUCAAAGCCUUAACAAUGAACACACUUCAACAUGAUACGGGUCUGUCAGCGUAAACCUGUAAAAGGGCAUGGACAACUUUUCAGAUAAUCCAGAAGUAUUGGAAAAUGGUUAAACUUUAAGCUGGUAUUAAUCAUCCCCACUUGAUGUUAUUGGGAUGGGUAGCAGAAAGGCAGGAUUGUGGGCUUUAAGGGCAAAUUAUACUUGGAAAUGCAGAAGGUAGCUGGGGGUAUAAGUGGAUGUGUAUGAGGCUGAAGGAAGAGGUGGACAGGAAACACAGAAGGCAGACAGAUGCCACAAAGGCUGGUGGAAGUGAACAGUGGGUGUCUGUCCUGAUGUGAUGUUGCCAUUCUUGCCAUACCCAUUCCCCUAGAUCGUACUAAUUCUUAAGAUGAAUGGACUGUCCAUGAAACUCCAGGGAUUGUUUCUUCAUGGGAAGUUCUGUUCCAUCAACUUCAAAGGAAUCAGAAGGUAUUGAUCAUAUAUGAAGCAAAAGGAACCUGGACUAAGGGCAGACAGAAUCCGCAGCCAGCUGUGUGUAUGUGUGUGCACAUGUAAGUACAUAGUGCACAGAAAUACCUAACAUGGCUCAGAUCCACGAGCAGCAGAGAAAUAACUGCAUAUCUGGUUGGGGCAGGAACUGGGCGCAGGGAUGCUUUUGAGAAAUUCCUGACUCCCAUCUUAGGCCAGGUGAACUAUAUGUACUAAGAAGCACUUGAGGGUUGUCUUUUUAUGGUGGGGGUGGGGGGUCUUUUUUAAACUGGAGUGCAUGCUUGAGAGAGGAGCCCAGGAAAGGUUAGAGCAGGUGAGUGAGUUAUUAGAUGGCUUAAGAUGACUUGAGUCCAUCAUGCCUUUUUUUUGGCAGUUGCCCUCCCCGUUGGUUGAUUCAGAUUCCAUGAGUGAUUUGUCUUUUCCUGGAAAAAGGAUUAGGAGAGUGGUCCCUAACAACUCAGGCUGCCUUUGGUUGUGUUUUUGUCGGUUCCUUUCUCUGUACCUCGACUUACCUCGAAUCAGAAAAGCAAGCCCAGGCAGGUGGAAGAGGCAUCUCUGCUUGGCAUUGCCCAAUCUAACCAGGGAGGCUGGCUGCCCACCACCUCUGUCCACUAGAGCGGAGGCGCCGGCAGGUGUCGGUAUGAACUCAGGAAUAGACAUGAGGCCUUUAAAAAAAAAAAGAGGGAGAAAAAUCCAUGAUGCGUACCUGUAACCCCCUAGAACCCAAGUGCCAGAAUUAAUUCCUAGAUGCUGCUUCUGUUUGAAUAAAAAGUCACUGCUUUUACACUUGAAAAACACUCAAAAAAUGUUCAACUCCAUGAAAACUGUUUUUGGCUUUAAGAAACUGUUUGAUGUUUAACUGUUUCCUUUGAUUGCCAUUCCACCAGUAAACUGUUGGCUGAUUUGCACUGCACACUGGGGUUAGGGGAGGGUACCAAGAGCUGAACUUGGGAUCGCCUGGGGCAUGGACCAGGGGAUGUGGAGGUCGUUGAUACUUCCUGGGGCAGAGGGGUGGGAGAUAGUUUUUCUCCCCUGAGUCCACUCCUGGCAGCACCUGUCACAAGCCUGGCGCAAAGCCAGGUCAUUCUCUUCUGUGAACAUCUCAUCACUGACAGCAUGUGGAAAGAGGGGGACAACACCAGGUCUAUUUUCCCUCCCCAUUUUUUCCAACUUUUGCUGUGCCAAAUGUUUAAAAAUUUGCAAAUACAGAUUUUGAAGUUGUAUUAAUCAAGAACCUGUUCUUGCAAGCCGUUUGCUUUUCUGGCUAUAGAGAAGAAAAUAGUAUAGAGAUCUCUUCAGGGCAUUCAGCCUUGCUGAGUGUUUUUGUUUUUUAAGAACCGCUAAGAGUGAAAAAUGAACAAGUUCCUCCAACCCCAGUUUUCAAGCUGCACUGCAUUAAACCCAGCUCGCUAACAGGGAAUCACUGCAUCCUCGUCCUCAGUGGGCCAAGAGACUUUCAGAAGCAUUAAAAGAAAAACAGUGAAGUAUAUAACUUCUUACCAAGCGGGUAGAGUCAGUCAGUUGGCUGUUUGUCCCUUGUUUUUUAUUUAUUCCAUAAAUAUGUUUGUGUUCUCUGUUUUAUAGACAGUAAUGGAAUAUACUUUUAAAUUUGGGGGGGAAAAAACUGAUCCAGUCUUUCAAAAACUGUUCGAUUUUUUGUUCUUGGCGGGGGGGUGGAGGGGGGUGUUACCAGUUAAUUUGUUUUGAAAUAUUUAGGCAUUCUUUGAGUUAUAAAAUUGUGAUGCAGGGAUUUUUGGAAAUUCACAUGUGAAAGGUGACUUCACUAGUUACCCGCUUAAGCAGAAUAGUGUGUAUAUGUACAUAAUGUGUAAGUAAUCUUAACUCCAUUGUGCAGUGCCUUUUAGAUGUUCUGCUUUCUAUAAAGUCUUCAAAUUUUUGCAUAUAUAUAUUAUAUAUAUAUGAUGUAAUGUUAUAGAAAUAUAUGUAUAAUAUACAUAUUUUUUCCAGGGGUAUCUGAUAGCUCUGUAUUUUGUUAUGGAAGUUGAAAGAAAAAAAAAGUAUUUUACCUCAGAAGUUAAAGUUAAAUAAAAAAAGAAAAAAUACCUUUAA